UCCUCAUCCUUCAAACACAUACAUAGACCCUCACCCUCCUAUAUAUAUACCCAUAUUAUUACACGAGGCACGAGUGAGUACGCACGCACACACGGACGUUCUCCGUUGAGAGCUUGGAAGGCUAAAACUGGUUAUGGGGCGCCACAGCAGCAGCAGCGGCAAGCCCGAGGCCGGCGGCGAGCAGCAGUAUCGCAAGGAGGAGAAGCACCACAAGCACAUGGAGAAGCUGGCCAAGCUCGGAGCCGUCGCCGCCGGAGCAUACGCAAGGCAUGAGAAGCACGAGGCGAGGAAGGACCCGGAGCACGCAAGGUCGCACAAGAUCAAGGAGAAGAUCGCCGCCACGGUCGCCGUCGGCAGCGCGGGGCUCGCCAUCCACGAGCACCACAAGAAGAAAGAGGCCAAGAAGCAUGCCCGUCAUGCCCACCACCACUGAUACACUCAUGGAUGCAUUUGCACACUGUGAAAAUAGAAAGGCUUGAAGCGUAUGCGUUUAGCAUGGACGCGUGCGUGUUAAUAAAUGCACAAGACCUAGGAGAUUACAACAAGGAGUUAGGAUCUAUCUUUAUCUACAAGGUUAAACACAAGAGAUAGACCCUAACAAGAUAUCCUAGUUUAAACCAUACACGCACGCCUACAAUCAUAAUACACAUGGUUUAUACAUAUACCAUGUGUAUACGUAAUACAAUGUCUAACACUCCCCCUCAAUCACAACUUGUCCAAGUUGAGAUUGCGACGAAAAACUUCCAACUGGCGAAGAGUAAGAGGUUUAGUAAAGCCAUCAGCCAAUUGAUCACCAGUGGGA